AUGAGAAGAGCGGAGGCAAAGUAUCUCCCGGAAGAGAUCUUGAUUCAGAUCCUGGUUAGACUGCCGGUAAAAUCACUACUCCGAUUCAAGUCAGUACGCAAAUCAUGGCAUUCUCUAAUCAUUGACCCUACUUUCAUUCAAGUACAUCUUAAAACCUCAAGCAAAAACACUAGUUAUAUCAUCAUCAUCAGAUACAGUGAUUCUCGGCCGCAUCCCAAAUACUCAAUACAUUAUGACGAUGAAUCUUUUCGCAAGUAUUAUGCACCCCAGCUUCCCUCAAGCAUCGUAAAACAAUCUUUAGUUGUGAAGGGGUCCUGUAAUGGCCUGGUAUGCUUAGUUAAUAAAAGCAGAACAUGGUUAUGGAACCCAGCACUCGGAAAACUAAAGACCCUCCCAAUACCACAAAUUUCUUACUCGGAUUCGGAUAUGUGUACGAACUAUGUGGCGUUUGGGUUCCUCCCCCAAGUUAAUGACUACAAGGUAGUAAGGAUUUUGUGCGAGUGGUUUGAACCCAGAAAAGCUGAAGUGUACAGUACAAGCACCGACUCUUGGAGAAGAAUUGAUGUUGCCCCGCCUUCAUGUUAUUUCAUUGGUGGUAGAUCCGCCGUCCUCAAUGGAGCUGCAUAUUGGGUUGCGAAGAAGGAAACUGAUGAUGAGUGGUGUUAUUUACUUGUGCGUUUCGAAAUGGGUGAUGGAGUUUUUGAAGAGGUAAGGCUGCCAGAUGCGAUUGCUGCUGGACGUAGAUGCCCGGAAAAUAUUGCAGUUUUGGAGGAAUCGCUCUAUCUUUUUAUACCUUCUUGUGGGAAUGGGGGUUGGAAGAAUUGGAACUGUUACGACGUAUGGACAAUGGAGUAUGGUAAAAUGGGUUGUUGGACAAAACAAUAUGUUGCUAAUUUCAACAACCCACUGAUGUGUUUUAAUUGCAUGGGGAAGAGCGGUGAACAGCUACAAUUUAACCCCGGGGGCCAUCUGGAGUCUUAUAAUUUUGAGACCCAAACAACUAAGGAUCUAGGAAUCCAUGGAUAUUUAUUAUUGUUAUAUUCUUGUGUGGAGAGUUUGAUUCAACUUGAUGGUGCACAGAGUAUUUUUCCACUUGAGAAUGGAAAUCCAUCUUGUGAAUUAGCUAGCAGAAGAAAAAGAAAAAAGAAAAUAGUCAGCAGAUGCAGCUAUUUACAAGGUAACCAAGAAAGGGUAGGAUUCGUGGGAAGCUAG